AUGGCUGAUUACGACAUCGUACCUUGUUACGACGAAGAUGAACUGUUUCAAGAGAAAAACGACACAGUCACAGAUCUCCAUGCUUAUUAUAUGACACAGUUUAAUCUAGAAUUAGAAAACGCCAAUAAAAAAUGUAAAGACAAUUUUAAAUAUGGCGUAGAAGAAAGUUUUGAUUUUGAAGUACUUCACAAUUGGGAUACUGGAGCGAAUAAUAACACAUCAGGAUUCGAAGCUAUAGAUGAAGUUAUUGAAAGUAACAUUAACGACCAGAAUAUUAAAGAAGUUUUAUUAGAUCUUGAUAGUAUUGAUUUUGAUGAAAGAAGCAAUACAUAUAACAAUUAUAAAGAGAACGAAAAAAAUAAUUAUGAUAUCAAUAACGAUUACAUAGAUGAUGAGUCGUUGAUAGACGAAUUAUGCAGAGAAGAAAAUGAAAAUUGCCCACUUACACCAGAAGGAUUCAAUGAGGAAUACUUUACUUCGGCAACUAAUGAUAAAAAUAAUAUAUUACCACCUAUAGAAACAGCAUUUUCUAAAAGGUAUUGUCAUUAUAAUAAUAUAGAUGAACAUAAUGAGCAAGAGAAUUUUGUUAAUCAAAUAAAUAAUACAAUCAUUCCUAAUAAUGAUUUGCCACUAAUUAAUAGUAUAGAACAUUAUAGUUAUCCAAAUAAUAUACUUUAUAAUUUGGAAAAUGAUAAAAAAUAUACACUUCCUGAUACCCCAACAAGUUGUACAGAAUUUAAUUAUGAUAAAAAUGAAAGAAAACUCUCAGUUUCUGAAUCUAUAGAGAGUGAUAUUCAAAGCUCAAGUUAUUACGAUCACGAUGGGACCUCGGAAACAUUUGAUGAAGAAGAUUUAUUUAUUAAUUUAGAUGACUUUGGUUUGAUAAUGGAAACAGAAAAUGAAACUGGCAAUGAUAAUAGGAAUAAUUAUCAAAACGAAAGGAAAUCAGAGAAAGACAAAAGUCAAGGUGAAAGAAUUUGUUUAUGGGAACAAUGUUAUGAAAGAUAUCCUAACCAAAAUACUCUAGUGGAACACAUUGAAAGAGCUCAUGUCAACACAUAUAAAGGCGAUGAAUUCAGUUGUCUAUGGCGUGACUGCGCACGCGCACGGAGACCAUUCAACGCGCGAUACAAACUACUCAUUCACAUGCGAGUGCACUCUGGACACAAACCCAAUAGAUGCCAUCAUCCAGGAUGUGGAAAAGCUUUCUCGCGAUUGGAAAACUUAAAAAUCCACGUGCGCUCACACACAGGAGAGCGACCGUAUGCGUGCCCAGCUCCUCACUGCAGAAAGGCUUUCUCCAACUCCUCAGAUCGAGCCAAGCAUCAAAGGACGCAUUUUAAUGCUAGGCCUUAUGCAUGCGGGGCUGCUGGAUGUGGUAAACGGUAUACAGAUCCAUCAUCCCUUCGUAAACAUGUCAAAUCUCAUCCUCACAUAACCAACGUGCCCAGAACUUGCCUGCCGCCUUCCCGGCCCAUGAAGAGACCAGAACAGGAACAACUAGUUCCAAGCUCUCCAGCUAAGUUGGCUACGUUGAGAUCUAUUAGAGACAAGUUGACAGUUCCCAAACUUCAGAGAUUAUAAUUCAAAAUAUAAUUAGGAAUAAAGGACGACAAUUUAUUUUUGAAAUGGACAGCUUUUUGUUUAUAUUGAAGAUAUAUAUAUGACUGAUUACUAUACCAUAAACAUACCUAAUAUGGUUUAUCUUGGAUAUACCAGCCCUAUUGUUGGCAAUAUACUCUGACAGGUCGAUCUUUACGCAGUUUUCCUUGAAAACCAUCGUGGUUAAUUCUUGUGAAAUUCGUCACGACGGGCCAACCGACCUGCUUUCAUCUUCACCCAUCAUCUCUCACUGGUGUUUCGCCAGCGUAUACCAAUAGCGCAGGUAGGGUUACCAUCCCAUUAUCAUUCUAUAAAAAAAAUAGGAUUCAUAAGGAAAAGUGUUAUAAUUUUGUCAAACAACUGAAUAGCGACCAAAUACAAAUUGUUAAUAAUUACAUAAUCUGUUAUUACUGUUAUAAUUAUUGUGACGUUUAUAAUGAGAUAGUUAAAUUUAUAUGAAUAAGUACUUAUUUUAUAUGUAAGUAAAUUGAAGCUCAAUCAAAGACUGAUGCAAUUAAAUUGGCUCAAUUAAUUAGUUUAAAUUUGAUUUAUCGUGCUGAGAAGCACUCAAAAUUAUUUUGUAAUUAAAGUAUUAAAUAGUAACUAAAGUAUUAUUAAAUGGUAUUCAUAAAAUAAAUCUUGUAAUAAAAAGAUAUGAAUAAUACGGAAAGUAUGCAGUUACAUUCUUUAUAGAAUAAUAAAUAGUGGAAUCUUUAGAAGUUCAAUGAAUUUAAAAAAAAAAAUAGCAGCAAUUAGAAUAUUUUUUAUGAAUUAUAUAAUUCAUUUGUAAAAAUUAUAUACAUAAAUGAAAUAAAAGUUUUAAUUAAAUAUUAAUUAAUAUGUCUUUUUGAAUAAAUAAUGAAAGCUUUUUAAAAAUUGUACUAGUAACAUUUUAUAACCAUGUAACUACAUAAUAAAAUCACUUUGUAACUUAGUAACGAAACGUAAACCAGGUUCUACUUCUAUCGUUAUGUAAAUAGGAACUUUUUAUAUUAGAUAUUAAUUACUUAUAUGUUUUAAAUUGUAGAAAUUAAUAAUGGUAUGUUUGUGUCGAACACAGAUCUCACUUGAAAGACAUGCAAACGUUUAGCAUUUUUACAAAUUUUAACUUUAAAGUUUUGUAUAAGAAGUUUCUCCAAUUACACCUAUCAUUGCUCAAUUUUUAUAUGAUUUAUAUAUUUCUUUUUAUUAUAUGUAUAAGUAAUAUUAAGUUAUUAAUUAAAUUAGUUCUAGAUUAAGUACAAAAUGUACAAUUAUGCUUUCCAAAAGAAUCUCCUGAAAUAAUUAAGUUAUUUCAUAAGAUUUUUCCAUUAAUAAGAUCUCUAAUUUAGUAUUUUUUAAUAUUAAUAUCUUAAAAGACAGAAACUGUCAUUAAUAUUUGUAAAU